AUGAACUCUCUUCGCAGGCAAGCUACCGUGCGGUUGCUCCUCCUCCUCCUCCUUGUGGUUCCGACCCCCGUCGUACAAGCGAUAUGCCCGGCGCAAUCACCAUUCUAUCCACCACCGACAUAUAAUCGACACGCCUCGGAGAUGUGGGAAACGUUCAGCCAGAUCGAGGCCUCGCUCUCCACUUUGACGAGGAACAACACGACGCUCUUCGACACGUCGUCGUAUUCCGUCGAGGUGACUUCGUCGCACCGCACGCUGUGGUCCACGUUCCACACAGCCAGGGACAAGAACGAGACGAGACCGGGUGCCGUCAAGGUCGAUUCCACGAGCCGGUACCGCAUCGCGAGCAUCACCAAGGUGUUUACCGUAUUGGGCAUCUUGCAGCUUCAUGGCGCGGGGAGGGUGUCUCUUGACGACAGUGUCGCGAAAUAUGUCUCUUUUUCGCUGCGGACCGCGAACUCGAACUCAACCGCCAAUUCCGGAUCGAUAGACUGGGAUAAAAUCACCCUCCGGAUGCUGGCCAGUCAACUCUCCGGCCUGCCCAGGGAUUGGGCGCAAGGGGAUCUGCUUACCGCGCCGGACGACCACACGGCGAUGGGUCUCCCGCCCAUACCGGCCUCUGCACCGGACCGCGAUAACCUUCCCAAAUGCGACUCCUACGAGCACUAUAAGCCCUGCACGGCACACGAAUUGCUGGCCCACCUCCAGCACAGGGUGCCGUUGUUCGCGCCGGGCCGGAAAUCAACUUACAGCAAUAUCGCGUUCGAACUGCUGGGAAUGGUCAUCGCCAACGUGACGGGCAUGGCGUACGAAGACGCGAUUACGGCGUCCAUCCUCCGCCCGCUCGGCAUGAACGAGACGUCCUUUGCCAAACCCCCAGACGAGGUGGCCGUCCUCCCGAAACACAAUGCCUGGUACUGGGAUGUCGACGAGGGCGUGCAGAAUCCGACAGGCGGUCUGUACUGCUCUGCCGGCGACAUGUCGAUUUUCCUCCGGCACGUGCUGACACAAUACAUGGACGCGGGGGCAUCCAAGAUCAACUGGCUGCCUGAGACGUCCUCGUCGGCCGGCGGGUCGGCCAGCUGGUACGCCAUGCCGUGGGAGACGUUCCGGACGGAGAAGAUCCUCGGUGGCGACGACGCAGCCUCGCCGUCACCCUCACCGUCGCGGUCCGUCACGUUCUUCACCAAAGGAGGCGGACUCCCCGGGUAUACGACAGUUAUUGUGGUGGUCCCGGAAUUCGACCUGGGCAUCACCAUCUUCACGGCCGGGGAUGUGGAGCUUCUGGGUGAUUUGAUCGAGAUGAUCACCGUGCCGUUGAUUCGCGCGGCCGACAGACUCGCGGCCCGGCAGGUCGUUAAUAGUUACGUCGGGGAGUACGACUCCUUCUCUUCGGAGACAGAGGAGGAAGACAGUGAAGCCGACGCCAGUGCUGGAGCUGGAGUUGCAUUCCUCAACUCCUCGCUCACCCUAAGCUACACGCCGACCCACGGGCUUGAAAUCACCCGCUGGAUCUCCAACGCGACGGACAUGCUCGGGGUAUUCCGUGCGCAGUUCAAGCUUCCGAAGGAUAGACAAUUCCAUGCGCAACUUAUUCCCACGCUUUUGUAUCGCGAAUCUUCGAACUCGGACCGCCACAGAGACGACGAUCAGAAGGAGAUGAACAAGCGUGAGCCCAAGGGCGGUGGCAAUGGCGAUGGCGAACUAUGGCGCAUGGUCGUCGCGCUGGACAAGCCUACCACCAACCGCGCUGGCGUGGGCGUGUGGGAUGACUUCUGUGUCGCGGACGUGGACACCAAGAUGUAUGCGGGCAGACCGCUGAACGAGGUCAUCUUCUGGGACAGGAACGCGAGCAGCGCAAUGAGACAGUUUGGCCGCGUCGAGAUGUCCGCGUUUCGGGUAAAUUUGACGAGGGUACACGGUAGUGGUGGUGGUGGCGGCGGCGGCGGCGGCAGCAGCUAUGGUUAUGGCGGUGGGAAGGCGACGACAGGAGAAGACUUGAAGUUACUCGCUCAGGACAGAAGAGGAAUCUAG